GCACGUCACCAGUAGACGGUUAUGCGGUGCAGAAAUCAAGGUGGAGAAACAGCGCUGACUGAGCCGGGAAAUCGGAAGUGACUUUCAGCGGAGACCCAUCUCAUUCGGUUUUAGUUUUUUACUUAGUUGUGAGAUCUGCCAGACGAGGAACCUUUCAUAUAAGAAGAUGGCAAGUGGAUCAAAUUGGUGUUAGUUCCAGCAUCUGUUUUGCUGUGGUCUGGUGUGUCGCUGUGGAGGAAGCAUCCAAGCCCAAGUAACCUCGGUUUGCACAAGAGUGUGAGAUUGUGUCUCAUCCCUCAGUUCGUCCGCUGAGGAGCUGCUCGGGACUGUUCGCCAGCUCCUUACUCGGGGCAGAGACAGCGCCCCCACCCUCCUGACACAAUGGUGCUGUCACAGAGGCAACGAGAUGAACUAAAUCGAGCAAUAGCAGAUUAUCUGCGCUCCAAUGGCUACGAAGAGGCAUAUUCUGUUUUUAAGAAGGAGGCAGAGUUAGAUAUGAAUGAGGAGUUGGAUAAGAAGUAUGCUGGCCUUUUGGAAAAGAAAUGGACUUCAGUCAUCAGAUUACAGAAAAAGGUAAUGGAGUUGGAGUCCAAACUAAAUGAAGCUAAGGAGGAGAUCACUUUAGGAGGCCCCGUGGCACAGAAACGAGACCCCAAAGAGUGGAUCCCACGCCCGCCUGAGAAGUACGCCCUCAGCGGUCACAGAAGCCCUGUCACACGCGUCAUCUUCCACCCUGUGUUCAGCCUCAUGGUCUCCGCCUCAGAGGACGCCACUAUAAAGGUUUGGGACUACGAGGCUGGGGAUUUCGAGCGGACCCUGAAGGGUCACACUGAUUCAGUGCAGGACAUCUCCUUUGACCAGGCUGGAAAGCUGCUGGCUUCUUGCUCCGCGGACAUGACCAUCAAACUGUGGGACUUCCAGGGCUUCGAGUGCAUCAGGACCAUGCACGGACACGAUCACAAUGUGUCGUCGGUUGCCAUCAUGCCCAACGGGGAUCACAUAGUGUCUGCUUCAAGGGAUAAGACCAUGAAAAUGUGGGAAGUGGCCACUGGUUACUGUGUGAAGACGUUCACGGGUCACAGGGAGUGGGUGCGUAUGGUCCGGCCCAAUCAAGACGGCACACUGUUGGCCAGCUGCUCUAAUGACCAGACGGUGCGCGUGUGGGUGGUGGCCACCAAGGAGUGCAAGGCGGAGCUGCGGGAGCACGAGCAUGUGGUGGAGUGCAUCUCCUGGGCCCCUGAGAGCGCACACCCCACCAUAUCUGAGGCUACAGGCUCUGAGAACAAGAAGAGUGGAAAGCCUGGGCCAUUCCUGUUAUCUGGAUCCAGAGACAAGACCAUUAAAAUGUGGGACAUAAGUACUGGCAUGUGCCUUAUGACACUGGUUGGCCAUGACAACUGGGUGCGUGGAGUUCUGUUCCAUCCGGGUGGGAGAUUCGUAGUGAGCUGUGCUGAUGACAAGACCCUCCGUAUCUGGGACUAUAAGAACAAGCGCUGCAUGAAGACCCUGUGUGCCCACGAACACUUUGUUACCUCUCUGGAUUUCCACAAGACUUCUCCUUACGUGGUGACAGGAAGUGUAGAUCAAACGGUCAAAGUGUGGGAAUGUCGCUGAACGCCGUAGGAACUGCCCCUUCCCUUUCCCCCCAGCACCACCACUUUGGCCACUCCCACACCUGCUCUUCAGGAUGCACUCAUUACUAUGGUUACCACCUCAUCCAGCUCUCUUCUAAUUACUAUUGUCCUUUUAUGUAAAUUACUCUGGAUGUAGUUUGAGCUUAUUAAAUGUUACACAAGACACUCACAAGAAGAAAAAAGUUAGUAAAAAGUCAAACAAGUAUUCUUGCAUGGUGAAUCCAAAACUUGUAUACUGUAAAUUUUUUGCUUCUCAUCAUCUAAAGUACGGUAGGGAUGCAGAGCAGAGGUGCUGCUCUCGCCUCGAGCGUUUAUCAACAGAAGGCAGAAUGAUGCUGUUUGGGGAAUUCAGGAUACAGGGCACUCGAAACCGUUUUACGUUUGCUUUCCUUUGAACGCUUGUCGCAUUCUGCUUUACAGAAAAGAAAGACUUAACAUUGAAACUGACUGAAGAUGAACAGCUUAAGGUGUC